AUGACUCUUGUUGGAAAAGUAAAGUUUUGGCAGACGAAGUCUGAUGAACAUAUUGAGAAGCAGAUGAUCAAUCCAUUCUCAGAAUGGGACGGUGCUUCAACCAGGAUCAAACUCGAUAAGAAUGAUGCCAAUUACGGUAAACCAAUUCCGGGGUCCAAUACAGAAAAGCGCGGGAAGCAAGCAAGCGAACACAUAACACUGGAGAUUGUUAAAUUGACGAGGAUCAUUUCUGAUACUGGUGAGAAACAAGCCGAUGGUACUGCAACUAUAACAUUUGGAGAGUUGUUCAGAACAUAUACUAGGGUUUCAGAUAAACUGGUAGGGACGUUGAUGAGAGCCAGGAAGCAAAAAUUACUAGGUUUUGAUGGAGAAAUGUUGUUUCAAGGGCGUGAUGACCAUGUGAUUGUAACAUUAUAUACAGUUCUUUGA